UGGAGCCCUAGCGAGCAAGCCAUUUGCCCACUGGAUUUGGGAUUCUACAGUGCCGAGCAACCACUUCUUGCCAUUGCCUACCACAACUCCAGCCCCCUGCCAUGGGUGGGCUUUUAUGGCUCCAAACCUUCUGAGCACACAACCUGCCCACCUCUAUCAGGGCAUUUUAUGUUGUGUUCUCUUCUAUGCACUUGCUUUUUGUUGUCCUUAUAGGUUAGUGUAUGAGGCUUUUUAAUGCAUGGGAGAUGGGUCAGGACCAGACAAAGCAACAGAUAGAGAAAGGACUCCAUCUUUACCAGUCUAAUCAGACCGAAAAAGCCCUGCGAGUCUGGAUGAGGGUGUUGGAGAAGUCUGCGGAUCCUGCUGGCAGGUUUCGGGUUUUGGGUUGCCUCAUCACUGCUCACGCAGAGAUGGGCAGAUACAAAGAUAUGCUGAAGUUUGCAGUGGUACAGAUUGACACAGCACGGGAGCUGGAAGACCCAGAUUUCCUUACAGAGAGCUACCUGAACCUGGCUCGCAGCAAUGAGAAACUCUGUGAAUUCCAGAAAACAAUCUCUUACUGUAAGACGUGCCUGAACAUGCAGGGUACCACGGUGAGCCUGCAGCUGAAUGGCCAGGUGAGCCUCAGCAUGGGCAAUGCCUUCUUGGGCCUCAGCACCUUCCAGAAGGCUCUGGAGUGCUUUGAGAAGGCUUUACGCUACGCACACAACAAUGAUGACAAGAUGCUGGAAUGUCGAGUCUGCUGCAGCCUUGGGAACUUCUAUGCGCAGCUAAAGGACUAUGAGAAAGCCUUGUUCUUCCCAUGUAAAGCAGCUGAGCUGGUGAAUGAUUACGGCAAGGGCUGGAGCUUGAAGUACCGUGCAAUGAGCCAGUAUCACAUGGCAGUGGCCUACCGGAAACUGGGGCGCUUGGCAGAUGCUAUGGACUGCUGUGAGGAGUCCAUGAAGAUUGCCCUGCAGCAUGGUGACCGGCCUCUGCAAGCGCUGUGUCUGCUGUGCUUUGCAGAUAUCCAUCGCAGUCGCAAAGACAUACAGACAGCCUUUCCUCGGUAUGAUUCCUCCUUGAGCAUCAUGACAGAGAUUGGGAACCGCCUGGGCCUGAUCCAGGUGCUGCUUGGAGUGACUAAGUGCUGGAUGAUCCAGAAGGAGCUGGACAAGCAGGGAAUCAGUUGCGUGAGGUACACCUUGCAGUCUCAGCAAGUAAACACUGUUUGCAAUGGAAGAAGAAACUGUGGAUUUAAAAACUCUGCUCAGUGUAAUAAUCCCUUCCCAGCCUCAUCUCAUGUUCAAAAGAUGGGACAGGACACAGCAGGUAGGCCUCCAUGCAGAGAACAUUCAGAGCACUCAUCAAACCCCUACAUCUGCUGAUCGCACACCCAGCCAUUGCCACCCUCUGUACCACAAGCAGUUAUCACUUGUGAGAGCCUGGUGAAGGCUUUGCACAAGUCUUCACCUCACCAAAACCAAGAAAAUGAAUAGGUGAAUCUUGUAUUCUGCUCCAGGCAUUAGUGCCCUCAUGGGUCAGGGACCUUAUUCCCAUUUUCCAAAUGUGACCUCUUCAGAUGUCAUAGCUCUGAAUACUCACCCAAGCCCGUUCCUCAAUUUGCCAGUCCUGGUUUCCAUUUCUCAUGCUCCUCAUUCUACUAUCAGUUACCUAAUAAAGCAGUUUGCUAACUCUCCGCUUACAGAUUCCCUAUUCUUGUCCUAGCUUCCUCCAUCUUCCCAAUCUCUUCAGCCAGUUGCUCCAUUUCCUUUAAUUUGCAUGUGGUUCCUGCCCAUGGCAGGGGGGUUGGAACUGGAUGAUCUUAAGGUCCUUUCCAACCCUGACUAUUCUAUGAUUCUAUGGUCAGUACUAUUGCAGAUCCUCUCAGGCUGCUCCCUCAAACUCUUGUGCAGUCUCACAUUCCUCUCCAAGAUAACUGUUCCCUGAGCUUCUCAGCAUCUCUCCCCCCACCCCACAUGCUUCACUUUGCUUCUUAGUCCCAGUCAUUAAUUUCAGGGUUUUCUAGUACACAGACACUCUUCCUAGGCACAGCUUGCAGUUAUGUUCUAACUGGUAGCCUUCAGUUCCCGCUUCCCUCUUCUUCACAUUCCUUAUCCUAGGCUGUUGCUGCCACCACAGGUCUAAUGCCAUCUCCUCUG